GGUGUGACAUGGGCCGCAGGUGUAGCAACGACUUGACUUUUGGACGUAUCGUUUCACAUUUCCGGGAUGUUGCUGGGGGCUGGUGAUUUUUUUUUUUUAAACUUUGAUGUGUAGAGUCCUCGGAAAUUUGUAAUUUAAUAAAUGUAUUAGGAAGGCGAGGCAGCUGGACUGUAGACGCUGGUGCUUAAUUGGGACGAGGGGGCUGCGGGCACUCAUUUGACGUCCCAGGGGAGAAGCUAAGCAGGUAUUCUCCCGUGGGUUUAUCUCAGAAGACUUAACUUUGCUGAGCCGCCUCGUGACGUGGUGGACAAAGUCGCACCUUCUGGUCCUUGUGCUCGAGGCUGGACGAAGGGAGUCCUGAGCCAGGUGUCGUGGUUGCAAAGCGCUUUCCUUUUCCGGAAUCUUUAUAUAACCAUCGUUAGGAAGAGCCGCGGCUUUCUGCGCGCGAAAGACCGCAAGCAGUGUCUUCGAACGUGAAAGCCAAGUUUGCACGGGCAUCCGUCUGCGCCGUCACAGAGCCUCGGUUGUCUGCGUCUGUCGUAUUUCUGGGCUUUAAGCGACACUUGCUCUGUGCAGCAGCAACUUGUAUUUGCAGAAAACACCUGUUUGACUUUUCCGCACUCUGGCGUAUUUGCAGCCCUGGGUCCUUGCCCCAAGUCCUGGUGCAAUGGCAUUGUUUCAGAGAGCGGAUAGAAUAUACUCUCAUUAAGAACCUUUUAAGCCUCUUGUCUGAUUUCUGUAAGUUUUCAGACAUCUAGGCGUCUCACAGCAGGUUUCUGUUUCUGAUUUUAAAACAUGCUAGCAAAACUGUCAGGCCACUGCCUCAGGUAAGAGGCAAGAGCUUUUAAUAGUUGUUUUCCUUUAGGCGUUUCUCAGAGGAUCCAGGACCAAGUAGAUAGAAUAAGGCCCAGACCUCUUUCCUCUUAGGAUACGCUGUUGUGUGCUGAUGCUGUAAAAUAAGUGACAACUGGGAAAAACUACGCCAGUAAUGUAAGUUACGGGUCAAGCUAACCAUCACACUGAGAAGGAAAAACAGAAUAAUUUUGGUUUCCUUAAAAGUGCUGGAGAUUACAUUGUUGUCUUUUGCUUUCAUCUGAAAGUAAGAUUGGCGUAAAUUCUUCAUGCAGUUGCUUUAUUUAUGCAUAAUCAUCAGUGAAUUCAGUGAUUGAUACGUGUAGUGUACUAAAUGGCCUUUGUGGUGAUGAGCGUUGUCUAAAGAAAUACGUAAUGUUUACAUUAUUUGGGGAGCCUGGGUCACCUGUGAGGACAGAGAGGUUGAGGUUAGCAAAGUGACAGCUUUCCAGUGCUGAGUUUGUGGGACACCGUGGAUUUGGACCAGGUUGCUGCACUGGGCCCACAGACCAAACCAAUAGAAACUUAAUCACAGUAAAUGACUGUGGGUUGGUUGUAGAGGCCCGUGUAGCCAAUUACUACUUAGGCUGAAGCCAGUUGAGUGUGUGUUGAUUGAGUAAGCUGCAGCCAGGUGGAUCCUGUUCUCUGCUCCUCUUCGUUUUCUGUAAACGUUGUCCCAUCAGAUGGGUGGUGGAGUUCUCAGAGGUUGCUUUGGUUCUGGGAGCUACCCAACUUGAGAAUCGUUUCGUCCUGUUAUUUUUUGGUCGUCUUAACCUCAUUCUACUGAAUUUAAUUAGCCUAAAAAAUUUCCCCUUUAAAACCAGUUGAUACUAUGCUUUACAGAAGUGUUUAACUUGAAACGAUUUACUGGUGUAUUGGCUGUCAUUGUCUUGAAAGAAUAAAAAAUGCAUUCUGAAGCGAAAUCUGUAUUUUUGUGUAUCUUCAUUGCAGAGGCAACUAUCUUUAUUAUAUUUCAAGCAAAAAGUCUAUUUGAGAUAGAGUUGGACCAGCAGCUGAGGCUGGACCUUACUCACAUGUCCUUCAAUGUACCUUUUACUCUGAGCUGGGGUUUUUCUUGGGUAAUAACCAUAAACUAAGGGGUAACCACCCACUAUGACCCAGGCCUGAAAAUGUGAAAAUUUUCGUAAUUCUCAGUUGUCCGUGGUUCUCAGCCGCCUGUUCUUCACUACGUAGGUCCAUGUGUCACCUGACGUAAAAGACAGCCUUGUCAGUAAACCCUUACACUUUGUGAAUAGGAAUCUCUCUAACCAUAAUAAGCAGCGGUUUAACAUUCAGCUUAAUGACCAAAAUGACGUGUAAAGGAAAUGUUGUCUGGAAGAAGUAACUCGUGUACUACAUGGAAGUUAUCCUGCCCCUGCGUGGACCUGGAUCUUCACUGCAAACUCGUUUUUGCUGAUCUCCCAUGUUGACAGGCUGUGGAGCUGGAAGACACAUCACAGAGAGGCUCACUGGCUCGCACAGCUGAGCAAGCUGAAGCCCUGCCCUCCUCCGGCAGCACUCACUGCUCAUUUUGAAGUGCCAGCCUUUACGUCAGAAGAUGUAGUUACAUUGAUGAGCAUAUGGGGAACUAGGUGAACGGUAAUUUAUUGUUGACAGGUGCUUUGAUCAUGGUGAUAUUUCCAGAUAUUAAGGGAGUACAAAAAAGACAUUCAACCAGGACUUUGCCCGAAACCAAAGCUUUCCUCUUAGGAAACAGAUAGGGGAAGCCAGAUGAACGAUGUGUAAGUUAGAGAUUGCUGUGUAUUAAGCAGCGCAUGGGGGCUUGAGGAAGUACCCUCUGUCCAGGGAUUCUGAGUGGUUUGGAAUGACAGGGAGCAUCUACCAUAGACGUGGUUAUGCUUCCUCUCCUGGCAGUAAGUCAUUUCUUCCUUUGUGCAUUGGCUGUGUCAUGUAAGUCCAGAAGAACUUAACCAGGGAUGGACACAACCUCCCCCUGUCCUGAGACCGCACAGCGCUUCACCAGCACCUGCUGACAUGGCGAUGAGUCACCCAGAUGUUGAUCGGCUUGCAGUUCAAAGCAGGAUUUUGUCAUAUUCAAGGAGUGUUGGAAUUUUCUUUAUUUUAAAGAUUUAUUUGAAAGGCAGAAUUAGAUCUCCCAUUGCUGGUUCACUCCCCAAGUCCUUAAUAACGACCAGGGCCGGGCCAGGCUGAAGCCAGGAACUUAAUCUGGAUUUCCCAAGUGGGUGACAAGGGCCCCAGCCCUUGGAUCAUCUUUCGCUGCUCUCUCAGGUACAUUAGCAGGGAGCUGAAUUGGAAGUGGAGCAGCUGGGACUCGGUGUUGGUGGGUGUCGGAAUGUGAUACAGGCAUCACAGGUUACUAUUUAGCUGGCUUACCACAACACCGGCCCCCAAAACUAUCUGUGCAGGCUGCCUUGUAGUUCAAGACUCUUUUCUUCUAAUGAUCUGAGAACUGCAAAUCAGAGAUCCUGUUUUCCCAGGAGUUUGCAAUGUAAGCACAUACAAAAUUCACCAUAGGAAGUACCGAGUACCAAAAGGCAGGUGCUGGUGAAGCGUUGUGGGGUCUCAGGACAAGGGGAGGUCUUGUCCAUCCCUGGUGCCUGGGAGCGUGGCUGAGACCGAGCCGUCAGACAUUUUACACCGUGGACAAUUCGCUGGGUGGUCUGGGAAACACCUGCAGGAAUUGGGGUGGGGUGGGGACUUUUAUGCAGCUGUGUUUGUGUUGGGCUUAAGAGGAUUUGGGGUUGAGCUUGGCCUGUAGAGGAAUAGGAGGAUCCAGCUGUGUGGGUUUUGGGGAGGGGGCAGGACAGCUACUGCAAGAGGCAGUUGCCCUUUACCUGGAAAAGGGUAAAGGAGAGAGCCUGAGUGAGGGUGAGGGAAUGAUAGUCGUGAUCCAGAGAACCCUGGGAGGGGUCCACGCAGGCCUGGAGGGUGAGAGCAGGGAGGUCCAGGGCGUGGGAACUAGGGGACUUCAGAAAGCGCAUAGGAAAUGGAAGUAGAAGCAAGUUUGUUUUGGUGCCAAUGUUUAAACAAUUGUUAGAACCGUUUAUUAGAGCGAGAGUGCUGCCGUGUACUGGUUGACCCCCUGAAUGCCUGUGGCAGCUGAGGCUGGUUCUGGUCAAAGGCAGGAGCUGAAAACCCUAGUCUAGGCCUGGGGCUCCCACAUGACUGGUAGGGACCUGACUCCUUGUCAUCACCUGCCACUUCCCAGGGUGCGGAUUGGCAGGAAGCUGAAGUGGAGAGCAGAGCUGAGACAUUAGCCAGGACCUCUGAUGUGGGGUGCAGGUGUCCCAGCAGGUCUGUUAACUGCCCGGCCAAACACCCUUCCCUCUAUCUGCCCACCCCAACCCCUCAUUUAAAAAUCUAUGCAUGGCCAUGGCUCACUGGGCUAAUCCUCCCCCUGCAGCGCGGGUACUCCGGGUUCUAGUUCCAGUUGGGGCGCUGGUUCUGUCCCGGUUGCUCCUCUUCCAGUCCAGCUCUCUGCUGUGGCCCGGGAGUGCAGUGGAGGAUGGCCCAAGUCCUUGGGCCCUGCACCCCAUGGGAGACCAGGGGGAAGCACCUGGCUCUGGGCUUCGGAUCAGCACAGCACACCAGGCAUAGCGGCCAUUUGUGGGGUGAAUCAACGGAAGGAAGACCUUUCUCUCUGUCUCUCUAACUCUGCCUGUCAACAAAAUUCUCUGCGUAAUUUUUCUGUAAUAUGCAUUUUCUAUCACUUUUGAAGAUCCCUGUGUUAUGCAAAGGCUGAGUUCUUUGAUGCCUUCCCUUAACCCUUCCCUUACUUGGUGGGAAGGCUGUUAUCUCCCUAUCAAGAAAGGGAGAGUGGGAGGGUGGUUGUUCAGCCCAGGGUCAGAUGCGGGAGCUGGGCAUUGGCCCUGGGUGUGGUCUCUCUGCCCAGAGGCAAUGCAGCAUUGAGAAUGUCUUUUGUGCCAACUUCGGGAGUGUGUAGUUUAUUCAUAGUUCUUGAAUAACUGCAUUUUAGCCAUACUUGAAUUAUAAUUUAGUUGGAUUCUCACAUAUUUGUAAAGCUAACUGGUUGAUUUAGGAAAUAUUCAGAAGAUCUCAAAUGUCGAUUUUUUUGAUACUAGCUUUUGUGUGUGUGUGUGUGUGUGUGUUUAGCCUGUCUUUGAAAAGACUUGGUACCUUUUUUUAAAAUUUUUUUUAAAGAUUUAUUUUAUUUACUUGAAAGGCAGAGUUAACAGAGGGAGGGAGAGACAGAGAAUGAGGUCUUCCAUCUGCUGGUUCACUUCCCAAAUGGCCACAACAGCCAGACUGAAGACAGAGCCAGGGACAUCUUCUGGGUCUCCCAUGUGGAUGUGGGGGUCCACAGAUCUGGGCCAUGCUCUGCUGCUUUCUCAGACACAUAUGCAGGGAGCUGGAUUGGAAGUGGAGCAGCUGGGACUCGAACUGGUACCCAUAUGGGAUGCUGGCAUCUCAGGCAGCAGCUUUACCUGUUGUGCCAUAGUGCCUGCCCCAACUUGGUGCCUUUUUCAAGUUCUUUGUGUACCUGUGUGUUUGUAAGCGCAUGGACAUGUGGAUGUGUGACAUUUCCUCUUGGAAUCCUCUGAGACAUUUCUAUGGAAGGGCUUUCAAAUACAGUUAGGGCAACUGUCCUGUGUCUUGAGGAAUUGAGAAAGCCUUGAAUACAUAUGCAGCAGCAUGUAGAUAUUCUAGCUUUGUUGAUUGGAGGUUAAGCGUUCCUUCACUGUGGGCAGUUGGAUUGGCCAUUGAUUUGGUAUAAAUUAUAUCAAGUGUCCUUCAGUUCUAUAGGAUUUUUUUUCCCAAGCCAGAUCUUUCUAACGGAAAGAAGCAAACCUCCACCAGCCCGGGAGCUCUUUGCCACUGCCAUUUGUGGUAAAAUUCCGAUAGAGAUCACCUUCAGGCCUUCUGUCUUUUUUCGAGGGCUUGGCUGUUUUCAUUUUUUCCGUUAUGUUUCUGCACGACCUGUUAGAUUUGCUGCAUGUGAUGAUGAUGGUGGCUUUUAUUUAGAGUUUCUUUUUUUUUUUUUUUAAUAUUUUAUUUAUUUGGAAGGUAGUUACAGAGGGAAAUACAGAAAGGUCUUCCUUCCACUGAUUCACUCCCCAAAUGGUGGCAACUGCCAGAGCUGCGCCGAUUCGAAACCAGGAGCCAGGAGCUUCCUCCUGGUCUCCCAAGAGGGUGCAGGGGCCCAAGCACUUGGGCCAUCUUUGAUGCUUUCCCAGGUCAUAGCAGAGAGCUGGAUGGGAAGAGGAGCAGCUGGGACUAGAACCGGUGCCAACAUGGGAUGCCGGUGCCACAGGCAGAGGAUUAACUUGCACCACAGUGCCGGCACCCAGAGUUUAUUUUCUCCUACAGGAGCUUUGCUGUGCACUUCACCAACAUCUCACUUUAGUACUUUCUCUAAGGACCAAUUUGAAGUUCUGCUUGACUUGUGUUACUGCGGAGUAAGAACUUCUGUCUCUUGUUGGUUCAGGUCAGUUGGCUGUAGGAUUUGCAGGCUUGGCUAUUUAGGGAAAAGCAGCCGAUGUAUAUUGUACGGUCACUCUAGUAAUACUAGGAAAUGUGUUGUAAGGUAUGUAAGACUGAGUUCUAUAACAUUAACUAAUCUUUCCAAAGGAUGAUUUGUUUUCGAAAUUAUACUGAAGACCCUUAUUAACCGUCAAAGCCAUAUAUAGAAUUCAUAAUGUCUUUUCUAUUACAUUUUAUGUGAUAAAGUAUUUCAUCAGUUUUUAAUCUAAAAAUGUAUUUGGAUUGAGGCAGUUGAACUUGGCAACCUCGUACUCUGUACGUGUAAUUGUGAACUUGAGUAUUUAAGAGUAUUUAGGGCCUGGCUUGUGUGAAAUGGAUUACAGCCAUGUUGGCAGGCAGUGAAACACAGCUUCGUUAAUUAGAAUAUUGGAGAAUCACCUUUAUGACAGCCUGAGACUCUGGGGUGUAGGGCGAAGUGCCGUGGAGAAGGGAUGAGCUAGAAGACGGUGUAGGAGGCGGCGCACGCCUCUCUUGACAUUUGAGGUGAGGCUGUUGUUACCUAUCCAGUCUUGGAGCACUUGAAGCAAGGGCCUCUGCCUGACCAUUUAUGACUUUAAGCCCUGUGAAGAGUCCUGUUUGCACUGCUGGUGCUGGGAUCUGGGGCUGGUAGGAUGGUAAGUGCAGUACGGCUUUCAGGCUGUGAGUGGUGGCCUCCAGAAGCAGCCACACUCAGUCUGGAGACCCCUGCGCUGAGAACUGUGCAGAGAUUCCCUGCCCGCAGAGCUGCAGUCUCCUAAACGUUGUUUUCUGUGCUUUCUGGAGCUAUUUGAAAAUGAAGUGUUCAUUACCGUUCUGAUCCUCAGGUAUGGUCUUAAGAUGUAUAUGGACUAAUGUUGCCACACCACGGAUGGUAAUUUCUCUGCUGCUGGCCCUGCCAAAACCCUGCAGUACUUUUAUUUAUUAAUUUAAAAGAUUCAUUUAGGGGCCAGUGCUGUGGCAUGGAGGAUAAAGUCGCCACCUGCAGCGCCGGCAUCUUAUAUGGGCUCCAGUUCAAGUCCCGGCUGCUUUACUUCUGAUCCAGCUCUCCACUGAUGCACCUGGGAAAGUAGCAGGAGAUGGGCCAAGCUCUUGGGCCCCUGUACCCAUGUGGGAGACCCGGAAGAAGUGUUAUUUAUUUAUUUGGCAGAAGGUGUUGGCUCCCCACAAACCAUACUUUUUCCUUACCAACAAAAUUGUGAUUUUGUUUGAUUUCUGGUGUGGGCGUCCACGUGCCUCGCUCGUGGAAACGAAUCGUAAUGCCUUAGACGUCUGUAGCGGUGCUCUUUCGUCUUUACCAGAUACUUGAUUCUUACAGCCAGGAGCAGCCAAGAGACAAAGAUUUUGCUCUUUUAUUAAAAGAAGUUUUCGUGAAGAAGGACUUGCUUGCACUUGCUUCUGGCGUGACGGAUGCUUGAACUCUGUACCUUACAGUGACCAGUGGACGAUGAGGGAAAGGCCGAGAGAACACAGAGUGCAAGCUAAACCUUGGUUUUCCUGAGCUGCAGGAUGAACGCUGUGGCUGGAUGCCUCCGGACUGGUUAACAGGAACCUCCAGAGUGUUUUCUUCAGAGGUUGUGCCCUUUUGAUUUCCACCAGCAGCGCACAGGGGUUCCAGUUUCUCUGCCUAGGAGUGCCUGCAAUGGCCUACAUAGGAGCUGAGAAAUUAAUCUCCUGGGUUGGUGGUGGCAGGGACCCGGUAACCUGAAUUACACUGCCUUCAAGGGUCUACACUGACAGGGAGCUGGAAUCAGUUGCCGAAGCCAGGAAUCAGACCCAGAACCUGAGAAGCAGUUUCUGCAAUGGCUUGCCCAGUUUUCGGGAGAGUUGCACACGCACGUGCCUAUGUGGUGAGAAAGGCCAGUCACUUCUGCAGUGUCCCUCAGCAUCGGGCCUGGGGUUCAAGGCCUGCGACAUCGGGAUUUGCUGCCCAAGGAACGCGAGGCUCCAGCGUGGUCGAGCUGCUUGGGAAAUCCUACCCUCAGGAUGACCACAGCAACCUCACCCGGAAGGUCCUCUCCAAGGUGGGCAGGAACCUACACAACCAGCUGCAUCACCCUCUGUGGCUGAUCAAGGAGAGGGUGAAGGAACACCUGUACCAGCAGUACGUGGGGCGCUCUGGGUCCCCGCUGUUCUCCGUCCAUGACAACCUGUCCCCCGUGGUCACUACCUGGCAGAACUUUGACAGCCUGCUCAUCCCAGCCGACCACCCCAGCAGGAAGAAGGGGGACAACUACUACCUGAACCGGACUCACAUGCUGCGAGCACACACGUCGGCACACCAGUGGGACCUGCUGCACGCGGGCCUGGACGCCUUCGUGGUGGUGGGCGACGUGUACCGGCGCGACCAGAUCGAUGCGCAGCACUACCCGGUUUUCCACCAGCUGGAGGCUGUCCGGCUCUUCUCCAAGCACGAGUUAUUUGCUGGUGUAAAGGAUGGAAAGAGCUUGCAGCUCUUUGAACAGAGUUCUCGAUCUGCCCACAAGCAGGAGACACACACCAUGGAGGCCGCAAAGCUUGUAGAGUUUGACCUUAAGCAAACGCUCACCAGGCUAGUGACGCAUCUUUUUGGAGAUGGUCUGGAGAUAAGGUGGGUGGACUGCUACUUCCCUUUCACGCAUCCCUCCUUCGAGAUGGAGAUCAGCUUCCGCGGAGAAUGGCUGGAAGUCCUUGGCUGUGGGGUGAUGGAACAGCAGCUGGUCAAUUCAGCUGGUGCUCAAGACCGAGUAGGUUGGGCUUUUGGCCUCGGGUUAGAGAGACUGGCCAUGAUCCUGUACGACAUCCCGGACAUCCGCCUCUUCUGGAGCGAGGACGAGCGUUUCCUGAAGCAGUUCCGCCUCCCGGACAUCAAUCAGAAGGUGAAGUUUCAGCCUCUUAGCAAAUACCCUGCUGUGCUCAAUGACAUUUCCUUCUGGUUGCCCUCCGAGAAUUAUGAAGAGAAUGACUUCUAUGACUUGGUCCGAACGAUUGGCGGAGACCUGGUGGAAAAGGUGGAUCUCGUGGACCAGUUUGAACACCCAAAAUGGCUGCAUUGGCCAGGGCUGGGCCAGGCCGAAGCCAGAAGCCUGGAACUCCAUCCUGGUCUCCCGCACAGAUGGAAGGAUCCCAAGUUCCUGGGCCGCCUUCCUCUGCCUUCCCAGGGAGCUGGACCGGAAGCAGAGCAGCCAGGUGCUCCAGUACGGGAUGCUGCUGUCACAGGACACACAGGACCAGCCACUGCUACCGCAUCACGUACCGCCACAUGGAGCGGACCCUGUCCCAGAAGGAGGUCAGGCACGUGCACCAGGCCGUGCAGGAGGCGGCGGUUCGGCUGCUGGGCGUGGAGGGCCGCUUCUGACGCCGCUGCUCACCCCGGCUCCGGGCCCGGCAUGCGCUCCGCGCGGAAGAGGGCGCCGUUCACGAGCUGCGACGUGCGUGGUCUCUGGAUAAAUGGGGUCAGUUUUAGGAUGUGGAGAAAAUGAAGGCUCACCCCUGGGAACCUA